AUGUGCAAAAAAUGUUUAAUUGGAAUAAUUAUUAUGCAAUCACUGAUUUCUACUUGUGCUCAGUUACAAGAUCAUGUAAUACUUUGGGAUGCUAAUAACUGGAGAUUUAAAGAAGGUCAAAAUGAAAUCAACGUCAAUGAAGGUGAUAAUUUGAUUUUUAUCUGUCCACCAAAUCGAACAUUUUCUCAAUCACUUUAUUGGACAAAUGAUUCACGAGUAACAAUAAAAUGCAAUCGAACUUUACCGAUUAAAGUAAUUAAACUUUUAGAUUGUUUCGGUGAUAAUUAUGCAACGGAAUUUAUACUCAAAAUUAGUAGAUUUCAUGAAAUUUCAUCUCUUCCAGUAUUUCAUCAUGAAUUGCCUAUUCAUUUUGUAGCUCAAUCGGUUAUUUGUCAAAACAGUAACUUCCGCCUAAGUGUUAAGCUGGCGUCAACAUAUAGGACCACAAGCACAGAUAACGUUUCCAAUGGUUCCGUAACAUAUAUCAAAAAGUCUAACUUGACAGAUCAUUAUGAAAAAUCUCCUACCUCAAAUAAAUCAUCCUAUUUUCAUAUUAAACGGAAAAUUGCAAAAUUUGUCUCUAAUCUCUCUACGAAUUCACAUUUAAAUCAUGACUUUACUAGUACAGAUCAAACAACCUGGAAAGAAUAUCGUUUUCUUAUUUUACCAGCAACAUUAGCUUUUUUUACAUUAAUUGGAAUGCAGAUUGUUUUUUGUAGUUUUUGGUUACCUAUUUCAGUGAUCAAUAAAUUCUUUAAACAUUUUCGACAAUGUAAACCUUUAGAAAAAUUGAAAUCACAAUCUAAUCAGAAAAUUGAACAAAAUGAAACAAAAACAAUAAUCGUUUGCAAAGAAAAUUAUAAAAAUCAAAAUUUAUGUUGGAGUAUACCGACUCAAAGAUCAAUGAAUUCUUGUACAAUAUAUUCAGUGAAAAAGUCAUUUUCGAAUUGUAAUCCAUAUAUUACUUCUUAUAAUCAAUCAAAUGAUUGUAAAUUAUUAAAUCAAAGUUAUCAAACUAAUUGUCAUAAUGAAAAUGAUCAAUUUCAAUUGUUAAUACCAAAGAAAUCAUUAAUAGAUCAUUAUGAUUAUUGUAAUCAAACAGAUUUAUAUGAAAAUCCAAAUGUAUUAUGUAAUUGUUCCUAUCAUCAGCAUCAACAAAUUAUUAUGAAAUUAAAUAAAAAUCAUACAAAUAUUUUACCGAUUUUUAUUUCAUCUAAUAUGAAAUGA